AUGGACAUUGUGGGACAAAUAGCAGCUUAUUACAAUAAACCAGUGUUUUUGUGGACGCCAUCUACGCAUUUCAAAGACAUGAAGGAUUUUCCGAUGACAGUCGCUAUUGCACCAACCAUUUACACGAAUAGUGACAGGAGAAUGGUGCUGAAAGCUGAUUAUUUCUUAGAUGGACAAGAUGUGGAUGGGGUUCCACUGAGAUUAGCAGCAAAAAUUCGUGCAGUCUUUUUGGUUAAUGUAGAAAUCAUCAAUUGACUUCACGUUAUUCGGCGUAUCUAUUCGAUGCGGUGUAUCUAUACAUACGUAGCUUGUAUGAGGCAGUUGUUGCCGGCCAGUCGUUCAGAAACGGAUCUGUUAUCAUCCAGAACGUCUAUGGUCAAAAAGUCGAAGCAACAACUCAUUAUCGACUUGUUCGAGGUCACAUUACCGCAUGUGCAGCUUGCUGAUGGCUUCAACUCUUGUUUCUUUGUUUUAUCAUUCGUCUUUCUGGGCGAUUCCUCAAGCCUAGCAAGCAUCUUCUCAUACGGCAUUGACUAA